AUGACAGCCACCACCAAUGCCGACUUCGAUGCCACCACCGAGGCCAAUGAGGUCGCCGCAGCCUUCCCAGAGGCUAUCAAGGGCAAGACCAUCUUGAUUACUGGCGUCAAUGUAGCUGGCAUCGGAUUUUCGACGGCCGAAGCAUUGGCCUCACAAGGACCCAAAGCCCUUAUCCUUAGCGGCCGAACAUUCUCCAAGUUACAGGAGAGUAUCACCAAGCUCCAGCAAGCCUUCCCCACCGUCACGCAUCGCGCUCUAGUCAUCGACCUCGCCUCGCAAGCCUCCGUGCGAGCCGCUGCCGCCGAAGUCCUCUCCUGGCCGGACAUCCCUUCGAUCGACAUCCUGAUCAACAACGCGGGGAUCAUGAACGUGCCUGAACGCACCUUGUCUCCCGACGGCAUCGAGUCCCACUUCGCCACCAACCACCUCGGACACUUCCUGCUCACAAACCUACUCAUGCCGCGCCUCCUCGCCGCCGCAGAAACCAACCCCACUAGAGGUGCCACACGCAUCAUCAACGUCAGCUCCAGCGCCAUGCGUGACGGCGGCGUCCGCUUCUCCGACAUCAACUACACCAGGCCGCAAAACCAGCUGCCCGAAGACGAGCGGCACCUCGUCGCGACCCUACAGGCCGUCAACGGCUCCUUCGACCCCGACACAGACAUCUACGUCCCACCCAGCGCCUACGCGCAGAGCAAGUCCGCCAACGUGCUCUUCUCGGUCGCCUUGACGCGUCGCCUGUAUCGUCAGUACGGCAUCCUGAGUGUCAGCCUGCACCCUGGCGCAAUCCUGACGGAACUGGUGCGCUAUUUUACGCCGGAAAGGAUGGAGCGCGUGCAUGGGUUCGUGAAGCAGGGGUUCUUCGCGUGGAAAAGCCGGGGGCAGGGGGCGGCGACGGCUUUGGUGGCGGCGCUGGAUCCGGCGUUGGGGGAGAUUGAGGAUAGGGCGGGGAGAGAGGGCUGGGGCGCUUAUUUGGAGGAUUGUCAGAUUAGUGAGGCGCCGGGGUGGGCGGUUGGGGCGGAACAGGCGGAGAGGUUGUGGGAUUUGAGUGAGGAAUUGGUGGGGGAGAGAUUUGGUUGGUAG